AUGUUGAAGGUGGCUGGUGCGGGACGAGCUGCGUUUAAGGGAGCGGAUGGCAAGCCGGUGGUGCUGCACGACGUUCUCUUCGUCCCCGACCUGAAGGCCAACCUUAUCUCCCUCCGUAAGCUUGGCAAGGCUGGGGUGAACACCAACACGGAUGGGGCACGCACUUAUAAGGGGAAGCUGGGCAAUCGGGUGCUUUGGGAUCUGCACGAGAGCAAGGACGUGUACAGAUCUAUGUGGCAGCUGCCGGCCCUGGCGUGGCAUGGUGGGGGGCAGGCUGGAGAAGGGUCUGCAUCCCAGGGGGAGUGCAAUGCCGUUGGAGGGGUUGGUGUGAAAGUGUCGGCCAGAUCUGGGGAGACAGAUUGGGCAACGGCACACCGGCGCUUAGGGCAUGUGGCAAUGCCUUUGCUGAAGCAGCUGGAGAAGGAUGGAGCCGUUAAGGGUCUGAAGCUGAACGGACAGCCACCCGAUGACAACUGUGAAAUCUGUUUGCUUUCAAAGUUCACCCGUUUCCCUUUCCAUAGUGUGGCUGGCAGGAGCAAGAAGCCUUUGGAGCUGGUCCACAUGGACUUGGUGGGGCCGCUGCCGGUGCAAGGGCACAAGGGGGAGCGGUAUUUUCUUACAAUUGUGGAUGACUGGAGCAGGCUGAUGUGGGCGUAUCCGCUGAAGCAGAAGGACCACGCCGCCUCCACGAUACGGGACGAUUGGCUGCCAUUCGUGGAGAAGCAGGCGGAGUGUGUAGUGAAGCGGAUUAGGACAGACCGGGGUGGUGAGUUCCUUGGAGCUGAAAUGACGGCCUGGCUCAAGAAGCAGGGCAUCCAGAGAGAGCUGACCACGGCUUAUACCCCACAGUCCAAUGGUGUAGCAGAACGGGCAAACCGGACCAUUCUGGAGACAGCUAGGGCGCUGCUCAUAGAAUCUGGGCUGAGCAAUUCUAUGUGGCCUCAUGCUGUCCGGCACGCCACUGUCGCUAGGAACAGGGUGCUCACCAAGGUUGGGGAUGACUCGUGGGUGCCGUUGGAGAGGUGGCUUGGGAGGAAGCCGCCGGUGGACAUGCUGAGGGUGUUCGGUUGCAUGGCAGUCGCCCACGUCCCCAAGACCUACCGCAGUAAGUUGGGGGCGAGUGCAAUCUGCAGGGAUGUGAAAUUCAUUGAGGGCAUGAUGUAUGGGAGCUGGGAGAAACAGCCGGAGGCAAGGGUGUCCCAGCAGAUGGAGCAGAUCACCAUGCAGCUGGACCUGACUCCUAGUGUGUGGGAGGAGGGAGAGGAGGCAGCUGCUGGAAAUGGUGAUGGAGAGAAGAUACAGGAGGCAUCUGCUGGUGGAGAAAAUGGUGUGGAAACUGGCGGCAGCACUAGUGGAGCUGCUGGACCCGAGGGAGGAGAGAAGCAGCAGGAAAAAACUAAGAAGCCGAAGGGUGUCGUUAUGAAGGGAUGGGAGACACCCGUCUCCAGGCCAGGACGUACCCGUAUGGCUACUAAGAAGCUGACUGCAGGAACUGAUGCAGCAGAGCAGCAGCUAGGGACCGAAGAGGCAUUGCUGAUUCUACCUCAUGGCUAUGACCCGGAUGAGGAGGAUGAGCCUGCGUACUGUUUUCUUGCCCCUGCACCAGAGGAACCAGCUAGCAUGGAGGAGGCAUUAGCUGGACCAGAUAGGGACAAGUGGCUGGCUUCUAGGGAUGCUGAGUACCAGAGUCUGCUGGAGAAUAGGACAUGGGAUCUGGUGGUGCUGCCUGAUGGGAAGAAAGCGAUACAAUGCAAGUGGGUGCUGAGGAUCAAGACCGAUGACAAGGGGCAGGUCACCAUCUACAAGAGUAGGCUGGUGGCGAAGGGGUUUAUGCAGAAGGAGAAGCAGGACUUCAACGAGAUCUUUGCUCCCACUGCCAAACCCCCUACCCUCCAGGAGGAUGUGUACAUGACGCAGCCGCCUGGGUAUGAGGAUGGUACGGGCAGGGUGUGCAAGCUCAACAAGUCCAUCUACGGCUUGAAGCAGGCGCCACGCUGCUGGUACCAGAAGUUGGCAGCUGGGGAGAAGCUGGUGCUGUUUCUGGUCUAUGUGGACGACAUUCUUCUCUUCAACAGCAGCAUGAAGGAGAUCCAGAAAGUGCAGCAGCAACUGAUGGAAAACUUCAAGUGCAAGAACCUUGGGGAGGUAAAGUACUACCUCGGGAUGCACGUGGAGAGGGAUCCAGAUCACAGGUGGUUGAAGCUGCACCAGGAGAAGUUCAUCAAGGAGCUGGGGGAGAAGUAUGGGAUUGAGAAUGAGCGCAAGGUUGCAACUCCCCUGCCAGCAGAAUUCAAGCUUGUGAAGGCUGCAGAGGAUGAAGGGGUUGAAGCUGAAGAGCAGCAGCAAUUUCAGUCCUUGGUGGGCAGCCUCUUGUACGCAGCAGUUCACACGAGGCCCGACAUCUCUUUCUCGGUUGGGCAGCUGGCCAGGGUGGUGCAGAAUCCAUCAGAGGAGCAGGUGGAUGCAGCUGAGCGUGUGGUGAAGUACCUGAACUCUCACCCAAGCAUUGGAGUUCAAUACUCCGCAUCUGCACAGGUGAAGCAGAAAGGGGUGGAGGUGCUGAAAGAGAAGGGGGAGAGGCUUGGAGAAGGCAAGCUAUUUCUCACUUGCUUUACCGAUGCUACAUGGGCUUCUGAAAAGGAGGAUUCCUCAUCUGUGGGAGGAUACAUCUGCGUAGUUGGGGGAGGACCUGUUAGUUGGAGGUCCAAGAAGCAGACGGAGACGGCACUCUCUUCCGUAGAAUCAGAGUACAUGGCGAUGUUCCAUGGGGUGAAGGAGGUAAUUUGGCUGAGGAGGCUGUUAGAGGAGAUUGGCCAGGAGCAAAAAGUUGCUACGCCGCUGUUUUGUGAUAGCAAGGGGGCUCUUGGGAUGGCCAGGAACGCUGUGCUUCAUGGCCUGAACAAGCACAUGCGUAUCAAGUGGCAUUGGCUGCGUAAGGAGGUGAAGAGGGGGACGGUGAAUCCAAUCUACAUCAAGACUCACCAGCAGCCAGCAGACUUUCUCACCAAGAGGCUUGCGGAUGAGCCUCAUUGGCGUUGUGUGCGCAUGAGUGGAAUGAGCAUGAACUAG